GUGCUUGAUGAUAACACAUGUCGAAGAACUGGAUUCCCAACCAAGUACAACUGACAAAAUGAGCUCGCAUGCAGGCCCCCAGCUGUGGUAGUGGCGAUAAAUCUAUUUCCUUCCAUAUUCACAACAUCUGCUGGCCAUGAACAACCAUCUUCCGCCAACACUCCCCACCUUAGACUCAUUCGAUUCACGGAACGCUUGAUCUAAGGAAGGGGCUUAUUCACAAUUACGAGGCCAAGAGAAUAUCAGGCCAGCUCUUCGAUAUAUUUCCCGCCCAUCUACCGCCCACGAAACACGACCCCGAACAACUUUAACCUUCAACCACUCGCAGCAUGACGAAUUCGUAUCCUUCGGGCUCACCGGGAGUUCCAGAUUCGAGCAUGCCGACUGGGGCUCCCGGAUUCAUGCCACGAAGAUCUUCGUAUGCCUCUGUCGUUUCCGGUACAGCUUCUGGAGCCUCCCAGCCUUUUCAACAACCUGCGAGGUCUGGCGCCUUCUCCCACCUCCUCAAUCAGCACCCCGACUUCAGCUACGAUUCAACCUACUCAAACUUCGGCGGACAUUCGCGGUACGAUAAUAGAGUUUACGAUAUGGAUUUCACUACAAAUGGUGGCGGUCAUGGACGACCAGGGUCCUGGGGGCGUGGCGGACAAUUGCCGAGUUUCUCCAGUGCCUUUGGGCUACUCAUGAAUGGGCAUAGUUAUGGGGGUUUUGGCGGUGGACAUAUGGAUCAGUUUUUCGUGCCAUCGUAUCUCAAGGGGUCAAAAUAUGUCCAAAGGCUGGAAGAAGCACACAAGGCGAAGUUGUCGGCACACAAGGAGGGACACUCGGCACAGUCUUCUCAACCAGGUUCGCUUUCGACAAGCGCAAGCAGUAUAAAUCUACAUGCGAAGAUGGCCCCUUCCCAUCGAGGGAUGACAUAUGACUUGAUCGAGAAAGCCCCGCCCCUUGAAGACGAAACUCUAGCGCCCUUGCCCUCAAAAUGGAAUAAUCAAGACAAGCAUGGGGCGUUGGAGGUGCUGUCAGACGGGCAGGAGGUCAAAUUUGCGGGCCCAAAGCCGGAACGAGAUCGAGAUCACGAAGCAUACGCCAUCAGGGCAGACCAUCCCAUGCCUCCGCAGUGUGGUAUCUAUUAUUUUGAAGUGACCAUAAUUUCCCGGAAGAGAGAAGAGAGUUCUAUUGGCAUUGGUUUCUCAAGUAAGACUGUGCCAUUAUCAAGAUUGCCUGGAUGGGAGCCAGAAUCGUGGGCGUAUCACGGAGAUGAUGGACAUUCGUUUUGCUGCCAAAAUUCAGGAAAACAUUACGGUCCUCCAUUCACAACCGGCGAUGUUAUAGGAUGCGGUGUAAACUUUAGAACAGGAUCUGCCUUCUUUACGAAAAACGGAGACCAUUUAGGCACCGCCUUUCGCGAGAUCAAGGGCAAACUUUAUCCCUCAGUGGGAAUGAAAAAGGCAGGCGAGCAUGUGAGGGUCAACUUUGGGCAAAGCCCAUUUAUCUUUGAUAUAGAUGGCAUGAUGUCGUCAGAGAAGAAGCACAUUAGGCAAGAAAUCGAUGCAACUAGCACGGCAAAGCUUGCUCCGCCUCUCAGCGAGACCGAGCUUAUCCAGUCUCUGGUCCUUCAAUUCCUGACACAUGACGGUUAUGUUGAGACAGCUAAGGCCUUUUCCGAGGAGGUCCAUGCCGAGAAGAAAGCUUUAAGUCUAGAUCCUAAUGCAGCGGUAAAUGGCUUUGAGGCGAAAGAGGAUGAGGAUGCUGGUCAUCGACAACGAAUUCGAGCUGCUGUUCUUGACGGAGAUGUUGAAAAGGCCCUCAAAUACACAAACGCUUUCUAUCCAAACGUGCUCAAGGACAACGAACAUGUCUACUUUCGAUUACGCUGUAGAAAGUUCAUCGAGAUGAUACGCCAAGGAGCUGAACUUCACAAUUCUACCUCUACGAAUGGCACCAAGAAGAGCAACGGUCACAGUGGGGACUGGUAUGAUGAUAUCAUCAAUCAAGAGAUGGAUGUCGAUGAUCAUCCAAAUCAGAGCAACAACUGGGACAGAAUGGACACGGAGGAACCUUCAGGAAACCAAAUGGAGUACCAGAGACUAUUGUCAGACACUUUAGCUUAUGGGCAGGAUCUUCAGGCAGAGUUUCAAAACGACCCGCGGAGAGAAGUCAGCAUGGCUUUGAAGGACGCCUUUGCUCUAAUAGCAUAUGAGGAUCCGAUCAAUGCCAAGGAGGUUUCUCAUCUGCUGGACCCCAGCGGUCGGGUAGCAGUGGCUGAAGAGCUGAAUUCUGCAAUCCUAUUAUCUCUCGGUAAAUCUUCUUCCGCAGCUCUUGAACAAUUAUAUCAACAAACCAGCAUCCUCCUCGAAGAUCUCCGAGAAGGAGGUGGACCAGGUGCUUUCGUAAAUAUUGACGACUUCGCUCGACCUAAGAUCGGUCAAUGAGGUCCCCACAGGCGAACUCCGGCGCCGCAUAGUUGCCUUGGUAGAUGGGACCAUAUUGCCCGAGGCGUUUUCCUUUUCACAACUCAGCAUGCAUGCAUUGUGACAGGUGUAUCGGGCCGGGUGGGCAACGAGUUGUUGUCCCUUAUUCCCCGGCAUUGAAAUUGGCUCGUUGAUCUUAGAUGCAGGUGGUCGGAUGGAGCUUGGUUAGGCUGGAUGGGGGUCUGGGUGGACAUUGACUUGAAUGAUUUUGCGAGGUGCUUGGUGCGUGGAUAGACCGGAUUGUGUCGCCGAGGCGAUGGUUAUCAUUGUUCAUAGGAAUAAAUCACUCUCAAGAUAUGUGAGUAGCUGUGCCUCCGGACGUUCUUCGUUUGGCGCUUGCGAGGGGUUUGAUUUACGAGAGUAUGAGUUGAACCAGGAAGAUUGAACAGGUUUGACCAUCAUGCA